AUGGGACGGUUCAGCAGUGCCGCUGCUGCAGCUCUCCUCUGGUCGCUGCAGCUCUCCUCUGGUCGCUGCAGCUCUCCUCUGGUCGCUGCAGCUCUCCUCUGGUCGCUGCAGCUCUCCUCUGGUCGCUGCUGCUCUCCUCUGGUCGCUGCAGCUCUCCUCUGGUCGCUGCAUCUCUCCUCUGGUCGCUGCAGCUCUCCUCUGAUCGCUGCAGCUCUCCUCUGGUCCCUGCAGCUCUCCUCUGGUCGCUGCAGCUCUCCUCUGGUCGCUGCAGCUCUCCUCUGGUCGCUGCAGCUCUCCUCUGGUCGCUGCAGCUCUCCUCUGGCCGCUGCAGCUCUCCUCUGGUCGCUGCAGCUCUCCUCUGGUCGCUGCUGCUCUCCUCCGGUCGCUGCAGCUCUCCUCUGGUCGCUGCAGCUCUCCUCUGGUCGCUGCUGCUCUCCUCUGGUCGAUGCAGCUCUCCUCUGGUCGCUGCUGCUCUCCUCUGGUCGCUGCUGCUCCGUAAGGCGGAUGAUAUGCGAAAUGGAGGAGGAGGAGGAGGAGGAGGAGGAGGAGGAGGAGGAGGAGGAGGAGGAGGAGGAGGAGGAGGAGGAGGAGGAGGAGGAGGAGGAUGAAGGGGCAUCGAAAUCGAAAAAAACAGAGGAUCAGGGCGAGGGAACUUAG